CGGAGCAGCGGAGCUCCCGCUUGCAGGUCGCCGGCGCCGCAUGGAGCGAUGGGAGGGUGGCGCGGCUGCUUAGGGCGGCGGGUGGUCUUGGCGGUUUGGCGGCCGGCGGGCUUCUCGCUCUUCCCCCCCGGCCAGGCCCGCUGCGCCACAGCCGUCUCCGCCCGGCGGCCGGAGCUCCCCCAACCUCCCUCCCCCUGGCGGCGCUGCCUGCCGACUGCUGCCUUCCUCCGCCGGGCGCCGCCUCGUUUCCUCUUGCGCGCCGGCGGGGCGGAGCUCUUUCCUUUCUCGCCGGCCUGGGCCCUGAGCAGCCGCUUCACCCACCACCUCAGCGGCGAGGAGACCCAGGAGAUGCCCGCGGCCCCUCGCCCCGACUGCCAGAGCGACGACGAAUUCGAGCCCGAGACCCUCCUAGAGCCCGAGGACGCCCUGGAGAGCAGCGGCGGCGGCAGGAGGAUGCGCAAGAAGGAUAAAAAAGAGAAAUCCAAAAAGCACAAACUAAAGAAUGAAGAAUCCCAGCCAGAGGAAAAUGAGCUGUCUGAUACAGAACUGGAACCUCCCAAACCGAAGAAGAUUAAGAAAAAGAAAGCAGUGAAUGAUGAUAUUGAAGAGAUAAUUGCAGAAUAUGAGACACAAACUGCUGUAACAAAUGGGGUUGCCCACUUGAAAAAUCAAUGUAAUUCUGGUGAAGAAUCAAGUAUAGAGUGUGACGAGGACCAAGAUCAGGAAUUAACUGAAGAACAAAAAGAAGGAGCCUUUGCCAAUUUUAAUCUCUCUAAAGCAACUGUUGAUCUUCUCAAAGCUCGAGGAGUUAACCACCUUUUUCCUGUCCAAGUAAAGACUUUGAAGCCCAUAAAUGAGGGCAAAGAUGUGAUAGCCCAAGCUCGAACUGGAACUGGAAAAACAUUUUCUUUUGCCAUUCCUUUAAUUGAAAAACUUCAGGGAGAUCCCCAGGAAAGAAAGAGAGGCCGCACUCCAAAGGUGUUAGUACUUGCUCCAACCAGAGAACUGGCAAUGCAGGUAGCCAGAGACUUCAAAGACAUCACAAAGAAACUCACUGUGGCAUGCUUCUAUGGAGGAACAGCAUACAAUGGACAACAUGAUUUAAUUCGGAAUGGCAUUGAUAUCCUGGUUGGGACUCCGGGCCGAAUCAAAGAUCACCUUCAAAAUGGCAAGCUGGACCUAUCUAAUCUAAAGCAUGUUGUCCUGGAUGAGGUUGACCAGAUGUUGGACAUGGGCUUUGCUGAACAAGUAGAGGAAAUCUUAGCAUAUGCAUAUAAGAAAGAUUCAGAAGACAAUCCCCAGACAUUACUUUUCUCUGCAACUUGCCCGCAUUGGGUUUAUGAUGUAGCAAAGAAGUAUAUGAAAUCCAAAUACGAGCAAAUUGAUCUUAUUGGAAAGAGGACUAAAAAGACUGCUAUGACUGUAGAACAUUUGGCUAUUGAGUGUCACUGGUCCCAAAGAGCAGCAGUCAUUGGAGAUGUUAUUCAGGUCUACAGCGGUAGUCAUGGACGGACUAUCAUCUUUUGUGAGACAAAAAAGGAAGCAACUGAACUGGCUCUCAAUGCCUCAAUAAAACAGGUGCAAAAAGAAUUGUAUGGACAAUUAACCAGGAAGCCGCCUUUUUGCCUUCUUGAUAGUCUUAUUUACCAAAUAUUCUUUUAUGUGUCAGGAUGGUAAAUUGUAGCCUUUUGGCUUGACAUCUUUGUCACUUUUUGGUAAAGCAGUGUAAAUGUCUCAUUUGAAUUUUCAUUUGUGAAGGAUGUAGACUCCUAUAUCCAUCGUUCUGGGCGCACAGGUAGAGCUGGACGAAAUGGGAUGUGUAUCUGUUUCUAUCAGCGCAAGGAAGAUCAUCAACUAAGACAAGUAGAACAGAAAGCGGGGAUUACAUUUAAACGUGUAGGUGUUCCUACAGCAACGGAUAUAAUAAAAGCCUCCAGUAAAGAUGCAAUCAGGUCUUUGGAUUCUGUUCCUCCUUCUGCUAUUGACUACUUCAGACAGUCUGCCGAGAGGCUGAUAGAGGAAAAAGGAGCGGUGGAAGCACUUGCAGCAGCAUUGGCUCACAUUUCAGGAGCUACCUCCAUUGAACAACGUUCCUUACUCAAUUCUGAUGUGGGGUAUGUGACCAUGACACUUCAGUGCUCAGUGGAGAUGCACAGCAUUGGCUAUGCUUGGCGGGGUUUGAAAGAACAGCUGGGUGAAGACAUUGACAGCAAAGUGAACAGAAUGCGUUUUCUCAAGGGGAAGACGGGAGUAUGCUUUGAUAUUCCUGCAGCUGAACUGAGUAAAAUUCAGCAAAUGUGGCAAGACUCAAGACGCUGGCAACUUUCUGUGGCGACAGCAUUGCCAGAGCUUGAAGAAUCACCACGUGAGAACAGCCGAGGUGGUGGCGGCGGCUCAGAAUUCAGAAACGGGAGGCGAGGUGGUGGCUUCAACCGACAAGACCGAUUCAGAAACAGGGGCCAAAAACGAAGCUUUGAUCGGGCUUUUUGAUUGCUCAUUAACAUACAUGGGACUUAAAUCUUUUGUUUUAUUGGAAGUAAAGUUAUUUACACUUA